CUAUGUGUCAUUCAUUGCAUUACAUUCAAGUGACGUCGCCUAAAUUUAGGCUUAAGUGGAUUAUUAGCUUUUUUAUAUAUUUUAUUCACAUUCGGGUAUAAUUCCAUUUAAUAUUCUGGCUUUAAUGAUUUACUGCUGCCGUACAAGAAAAUUAUUUAAAACAUUCCAGUGACAGUAAGUACGUAUUUAUUAAAAUUAAUUAAAUACGGUUACUCAUGAUUAAUAAAUGUUAUAAGGUCAAGAGUAAUUAACAGAAAAUGUCACGACCUGAUAAUAUGGAUGCUUUAGAAAAGCAACUAGCUGAUUUGCAAAUGAAUAAAGAUCUAUACAAUCCGGGAAGAGCAAAGAAGAUACCACCCGCUGUACCACCAAAAAAAAAGGCACAACCUCAAGUUCCUCAUAGCGCUGCCGUUAAUACUCUUCGUGAGCCAUCAUAUUCCACAAAAAUUUCUCCACCAUUAAAUAACAACAAUCCGGUACCCAGUCAUACUAUCACUAAUAACCGACAAGCAUGCAAAGAGUAUGCGAAUAUAAAACACCCUGUGCCAAAUUUCGCUUCAAAACCAGAUGUGCUCUCAUUACAAAAAAGUUUUAACGCUACUUAUAGUAAUAUACCAACUUAUCGAAAUACCGACAGUGAUUUACCACCACCUCCACCACCGCCACCACUUCCUCCAGCACCAUCUCUUCCAAAUUCUUAUUCCAAAUCAUACAGCAAUAAUAACGAAGAAUACUUACCACCACCAUCACCAGUCAGUUCUAAUUACAGCGAAUUGGUGAGAGCUACAACAAAUUUGAAUUACAACCACGAUAAAACAUUUCAACAAGAGAGACCCUAUGCUCAUAUAUACCAAAAUGAAUAUCCAGAAUAUGGGGGUUCGCAGACUUCAACAUAUGAAUCUUUAUAUGAGCCAAUAAAUCUUCGUCCUCCAAGUAAUCUCUCUUCUCAUACUGGAAAAUCUAUUCAAAAUUAUGAGAACAAUUUAUCAAGCUCUAGCAAAUCACCAUCACAUAAAGAAGAAGAAGUUGACGCACUUACAAAUCUUCUAGUAAAGUCCAUAACUGACAGUCAAGACCUGGACAUAUUUGGCAUUUGCGUAAAAUGCAAUGAAAAGGUAAUAGGUGAAAGUUCUGGAUGUACAGCUAUGGAUAAUAUGUAUCACGUAAAGUGUUUCUGCUGUCACCGAUGCAAUAUUAAUUUACAAGGCAAACCUUUUUAUGCUGUUGAUGGUCAACCAUUCUGUGAAAUGGAUUAUUAUGAAACAUUGGAAAAAUGUUCAGUGUGUUAUAAGCCUAUUUUGGACAGAAUUUUGCGAGCCAUAGGGAAACCUUAUCAUCCAGCAUGUUUUACUUGUGUGGUAUGUGGUAAAAGUCUUGAUGGAAUUCCGUUCACUGUUGAUGCAAUGAAUCAAAUACAUUGUAUUGAUGAUUUUCAUAAAAAGUUUGCACCUCGUUGUUGUGUUUGCGAAUUACCCAUAAUGCCAGAAGAAGGCGAAGAAGAAACAGUUAGAGUAGUUGCUCUAGAUCGCAGUUUCCAUGUACGUUGUUAUCGUUGUGAAGAUUGUGAUCUUUUGUUAUCAUCUGAUGCCCCAGGACGAGGUUGUUACCCACUUGAUGGCCGCAUUUUAUGCAAAAAUUGUAAUGCUCAUCAAAUACGUCUUCUCACUAAUGUUAUGACCACAGACUUGUAAAAGAUUAUUCAUAUGAAAUAUAAUUGGAGAGUAACCGCUUACCUUCAGGUGAGCCAUAUACUUGUUUGCCACUUUAGUAGUAUAAAAAAAGUAAGUUAAUUUAUAUUGCAUAUACUUCAACAAAAUUAAGGGUAACAGUAAGUAAUGCUAGCAUUAAUUAUGUAUGGUUGUUAUUAAAGGUGCCUACUGUAGGUUUAUUUUAAAUUUAGAUUUCUAAACCGAUAUUAUAUCGACAUUGAAAAAGAAUAACUAAAUAAUAAUCGACAAAGACAGAGAUCAAUGAAGUCGUUAUUUAUAUUUUGUACCAUGUUUUUAAUGUACUUUUCAAGUAAAUUUUAUAUUGUUAUUUUAUUUUGUUUAUUUAUGGAACUUAACUGAUUGGAUCUUUACUAUAUAAGAGAUUCUAUAAUAACUGAUAGUGUACAUAUAUAUUUAAAUUGUUAAAAAAUAAUAUCUAAAUUUUUAUAUUUAUGAAAUCGUUUCUAUGGAGUAUUGGCAAAAAAGACUGAAAAAGUUAUUUGGAAGUAUUUAUUCAAGAAAAGUGAUUUGUAUAAGAUAAUUUAUUAUAAUUAAUAAUACCUACUGUUGAAUGGCAAAAUGUGAUAACAAACAAUAUUUGUAGAAAAUAAUAUUUAACAUAGAAGUAUAUUUAUUACUAAAUUACAUAAGUCAAGAGCAUUAUAAAUGCUAAAAAACCUUGCAUAUUAAAAUGGCAGCUAUUUUAAUUAAAUGGACCUUAUUUUAUUAUACUAAAUAUAAGAUUAAUUAUAUAACUUUUAA